GUGGAUGGAUUCUACAUUUACCUUCUUGUCAUUGUUGCGAUUGCUAUUGGCUACACCAUCACUGGCCAGGGUGAAAGGAUCGACUUUGGUUGGUUCCUGUCUGGAGUCUCCCCAUACUUCUGGGGGUCAAUGAUUGGCUUGACCGUCUCUCUCUCAGUAGUUGGAGCUGCCAUGGGCAUCCAUACUACGGGAGUGAGCAUCGUUGGUGGUGGUGUUCGUGCCCCUCGUAUCAAGACCAAGAAUCUCAUCUCGGUUAUCUUCUGUGAGGCUGUGGCUAUCUAUGGACUUAUUAUUGCCAUCAUCCUUGCUGGUAUCUUGGAGGAAUACUCUGAAGAGCAAGCAGCAACCAGUCAACUAAUUUUUGAACAGAACCUUCUCUCUGGUUACCUGAUGUUUGCUGCCGGUCUGACUGUGGGUCUUACUAACCUCUUCUGUGGCCUUGCUGUUGGAAUAGUUGGAUCAUCUGCUGCACUGGCUGAUGCUGCUAAUGCCUCCUCCUUUGUGCGUAUCCUGAUUAUAGAGAUCUUCGGGAGUGCUAUUGGUCUCUUUGGGCUUAUUGUAAGCAUAUUGCAGACAUCCAAAGCCAAGAUGGGUAAUAAGUUCUAGUUAGGUCUUAUUAAACUUAAAAACAUUCCUUAUAUUGUUAAUAGUUCAUUAGGUGAUGGAGUGAAUGCACUUCUCCCAGAUUUCUAAAUUAAUGUUCAGUUGGAUUUAAAUGAUUUAUUGAAUAUAGCUGUGGCACAAAGCAUAAACAGUGUUGAUUAUAUUCCAUACCUAUGAUAGUAUACUUUCUUUUGUGAAAUAUAUGACCAGUAUUCUUGUUAAGGCAGACAUUUAGGCAUUUUUGAAUGCAGCAAGAUUUAAUUUAUAUUAUUGGGAAGUUAUUCACUUCUGGUAAUCAAAAACCAAUGUAUUAAUUAAAUGCACUCAGUAACAAUAGAGAGGAUUUAGAGAAAUUUGCAAUUAUUAAUUUUCUCCUAGUUUGUGGGUGAUUGAGACAAAUAGGCAAUGCAAGUUGAAUGCAGCGCGCAGUCCGGGUUGGUUAAAAAGUAUUUAUUUUGUUGAAACAUCAAAAUCAGUUUCUCAAGUUCACUUUAAAAUCUUGUUCCAGUAGGAUGGUAAAGUCCUAGGGAGUAUUUAUGCAGUACUACUAUAAUGUUGCUAUUUGUGGUUACAAGUAUUUUGGAAUUUUACUAAAUGUCAAUAGCUUGUGGAUAUUUUUUGUGAGAAUAAUGGUUUACUUAUUUCCAGAAACACUUGUAUAGUUGUCGUCAGUUUGUCAGAGGGAGCAUAAUUUUGACAGGGUUAGUCCAAUCACCUUUAUCCCAUAAUAAAGUAUUGUUAAUGGUAAUUAUUGUACAUUUUGUCUUAGUAAAAGGGAGUGUGAAACUACCCCAAGUGAAAAUGCCAUUGAAAAUGAUACCUGCUUGAAGUGAAUGCACCUCAGUGGUAUUUGCCUGUUAAUAUUGUAUUUAUGCUCUCUUUAUGUGAGGUAUUUUCCAGGACAUUUUUAUUUUUAUCAGAGUUUAGCAGUAGUUUUUGCUGUAACUUUGUGUACAGUUAUUGAGCUCAUUGUGAAUGGUGUAAUCUUGUAAGUUUUGUAUAUAAUAUUAUGUAGUACUAGCCCUGUAUAUCUUUAUUGUUGUGGGUAAACUAAUGUGAAUAAAAGGAUUAUUGAUCUAUGGGUAAACUUAUGUGAAUAAAAGAGGAUUAUUUAA